CUUAUACGUUCUCCAUGCUCCUGACAAAGGAUCGAUCAUCGUCUCGUCCAUGCAUGGGCAAUUGGGCAGUCGAACGGUUCGCACGUCUUCCGACGGAAGAUAAAUUUUUGAUCCUGCGGGAUUGCAUCAUCCCGCGCGUGGCCCGGUUACCGGGCCAUUGCAUUGCUUAACUCAUAUUUAGCCUAUUGGUUCGACGUGGCCGUGUGCUAUAGUGUGGGGACUUAUACAUUGGAGGACAAUUGAUUCGACGUGGCCGUGUCGGCUCAGCGUUUGAGCCGGGAGCCAUAGGAUAGAAGAAGAAGAAGAUGGUCCCUUCCAUUUCGUCUAGAAAGAGUAGUAGAAUUAUGGCACUUAAGUGUUGUGUGCCAGGGUGCACAUCAUCGUCCGGAAUUCCUAGACGUCUAGGAUGUCAUGGGCUUCCGAAGGAUGAUGUUGUCGCAAAAGUCUGGUUAAGAAUCAUUAAACGUAAUGAUAUGAUUGGUGCACCCUGGUAUAAACUAAAUAAAUUAAAGAUUUGUGGAAAACAUUUUCCAGAAAAUAUGGUGAACUCUUAUAAGAGAAAACGACUAAAGAAUAAUGCAGUGCCAAUUCUGUAUUUGCCACAAGUAGAUAUUGUCCUGAAUAGUGUUGAUACUAUUUCUAACGCAAUAGACAAUGCACAUCUAAAGAAUAAUGCAGUGCCAAUUCUGUAUUUGCCACAAGUAGUUGUCCUGAAUAGUGUUGCUACUAUUUCUAAUGCAAUGUCUAUAGACAAUGCAGGAAAUAUUGAUUAUAAUCUUGUUAAUCAGUCCGUGCAAGAAGAAAAUCAACCUAUCAAUGAAAAUCAGUCUGUGCAAGAAGAAAAUCAAUCUACCAAAGAAAAUCAGUCUGUGCAAGAAAAAAACCAAUCACAAGUAGAUAUUGCCCUGAGUGGUGUUAAUGAUAUUUAUGUAAGAGACAAUGGAGAAUAUGUUUUGGGGGUUUAAGAAAAGACGACAAAUGUAAUAGUACCCUAAGGGCAGCGAGGUUGUACUGGAACGAAAUAAGAAAGAGAAGCAAGGAAGGAAAAGGUGAGUCAAGAUGGGAGGAGGAGAGAAAGAAAUUCUUUGAGGAUAGAGGAUAGAGGAUGGAGGAAAUUGAGAGAAGAAGAGAUGAGGGAGACAUUAGGGUUUGGAAAGUUAAUCAAUAGGGAAGAACAAAGAGAAGACAGAUUAAAGAUAAUAGAAGAGUUAAGAUACAACAGGUGGUAUAAGGUGCUCCAAAGAAUACAUUAAUAAAUUAUGUAUUUGUUGAAUACAUGUUCCAGAAGAUAUGGUGUUCUCUUAUACGCCUAAACUACGCCUAAAGAAUAAUGCAUUGCCAAUUCUGUGUUUUGCCACAAGUAGAUAUUGCCCUGAAUAGUGUUUAAUACUGGGUGCUUUUCAACAAUGGAACACUGUGUAACACAGUAUUACACAGUGAGUAAUUCUUUCACGUAACUUAUCUAAAUAAGUGGUACCAAAUAAACUAAAUAAGUAGUACCAAAUGUAAGAAUAUUGGUAUUGUGGAGAGAUGAGUCCUCAGCUUUUUAGCUGUGUACGAUUGUGUUGACUUGUGUUGUAGUUGGAAAGCACCGGAUCGCACACUGUGUUACACAGUGUCGCUUGUGUACAUUGUUGGAAAGCACCCCAUAUUUCUAAUGCAAUAAACAAUGCAAAAAAUAUUGAUAACAAUCUUGAUAAUCAGCCCGUGCAAAAAGAAAAUCAACCUACCGAUGAAAAUCAGCCUGUGCAAGAAGAAAAUCAAUCUACCAAAGAAAAUCCGGCACAGCAAAUCGUACACGUUAAAUCAAUUAAUAUGUCUGAUAAUCAUCAUCUACGUAAUAAAACAUGUGAAGAUCGCACAAGAAAACUGAUUAAAAAACAACAUGGAACAAAAACAAGCUGUUGUGAAAACAAAUGGAACAAAAUUAUGAAAGAUUUACCUGCUGUACAGAUUUGCUUUGAAAUGUUAAGCUCUAACGUUAAUUGCACACUACAGUUUCGCCCAUAAUUUGACCGCUGUUCAAUCGUGCGCUGCAACUUGGUUCCUGAUUACACCACAAAACAACAGCUCACUCCGUUCAACAAGUAAAACUCUGUUCAACAAUUAAACUAAAAGUGGAUGUCAAACUCCUCUGCUUUUUAGCUUAAUAUCAAUGACGUAAUAUUGUAAGUUUUCAAAAAGAAUUUUACUCUGUAUUGACUAUGCUUAUAAAUGUACAUUUUUUAUUAAUGAGCAAACAAAACUCUAUCGAUUAAAAGACUAAUGAAUCAAAUUGAA